AAUCCAUUUCAGUAAAUGAUUUUUUUUUCUUCUAGCUCUGCUGAAGUGAGCCCAGGUGAUGAAAUCCUGACACUGCUACAGACAACAUCCAUUGAUUUGAAGGAAUUAGAGAGAGAAGCAGCUUGUCUUCCUGCAGAGGAUGAUGACAGCUGGCUGGAUAUUACACCAGAUGCUCUGGAUCAGAUGCUGAAGGAGGCAAGAAAUGAGUCCCUUCCUUCCACAAAUGAGGAAGAGGAAAAAUAUGACUUGGAAACAGUUGCUGAGAGCAUGAAGGCUUUUGUGUCCAAAGUGUCCACGCAUGAGGGAGCAGAAAUGCCAUGGGCAUCUGAUGAAUCCCAUGUUACCUUUGACGUGGAUUCUUUUACGAAAGCACUGGACAGAAUUUUAGGGGCAGACUCGGAGGAGCUGGAUUCUGAUGAUCUGGAUGAAGAGGAGGAGUUUGAUUUCUCAGAUGGGGAUGAUGAAGACCUGGAUGCUGGAAACCAAAGGCAGGAGCAGAAGGUGUCUCCUGAGGAGCUCCUGGGCAGUCUCAGGUCGUACAUGAAUGAGAUGGACCGUGAGCUGGCACAGACCAACGUUGGGAAAAGUUUCACCAAAAAGAGAGGGGCAAGUUCUGCUGAAGCAGCCACAUCUGAGAGUGCUGGCCCUGGUUCUGGAGCUGAGGAUGCUGAGCUGGCACCUGUGGAUGUGGACAUGAACCUGGUGGCAAACCUGCUGGAGUCCUACAGUGCCCAGGCUGGGCUGGCAGGACCCACCUCGAACAUUUUACAGAGCAUGGGGGUGAAUUUACCUGAGAACACAGAUCUCGCUGGCUCGAGCAGCCGAGCAGAGCAGUGAGAGACUUUGGACAAGACGUGGCUGGCGGGGAAAUGAAGCACAGGUGGAUGAGCAGGAUGUGGAAGAGGAGGCCAAAGGUUUUAAUUUCCAGCAUUCUGUUCAUUCUGUGUCACUUCAGCAAAGUGAAUUUACCUGCAAAAGCCUUCUGUUUGGACCCUGUCUUGGAUGGAAAUGAGAUUUUCCCAGUGCUAACACAUUUUCAGAAAACUGAAAAAUGAUGUGACUCGAAUGAAACUUCUAUUACAAAACCUCUCUUCCAUUUUUCCAAUCAGUGAUCCAGUUUGUCACAUUUCUAAAAUGUCCUUUUACACACUGCUAAGUGGUUUCAGUAUCUGGGAAGCAGUUCUUGUUCUGAAAAUGCUGCUGCCUUCAGGGGGAGGUGGGGAAGUACCACGUUACAGGAAGAGUCUCAUGGAUUUGGGAACACUGGUUAAAUGUUGGGCAGACAUUUAAUCCUUCCCAAAAGCACCAUGCUGCACUGUAAGAACCUCUGACAAUUGCUCUAGGAGCCUGUUCCUUAUUAAGCACGAGGAUUUGAAGAGUAAUUGGAUCAAAUAUGUAAAUAUUGGCCAGAAGUAUUUUUAAAAUUUAUUUCAAUAAAAACAGAAAUACAACUUGA